AUGGUGCAAUUGGAAAAUACAAAAGGUUUUGAUGGCUUCCAAAAGUCCGUCGAAGAGUUGAGUAAAUGUGGCAAAAAGCUGUUCAUUUACUUUACCGGUGAAAAGGAUGACAAGGGUGUUAGUUGGUGUCCCGAUUGUAAUGUGGCUGGUCCCAAGGUUGAAGCUGCCGUCAAAGAAUUUGCCGGUGAUGAUGCUGUCUUCCUAACUGUUGACGUGGGCGAUAGGCCUUUCUGGAAGGACAUGAAAAAUCCCUUCCGUGAAGAUCCCCGCCUUAAAUUGAUGGUCAUCCCCACUUUGAUUCGCUGGCAAACUGUCAUUCGUCUGGAGGGAGAUCAAUGUGAGAAACCCGAUCUUUUGGAAAUGUUCUUCAAUGAAGACUAA